UGGUUUCCGGCUGAGUUGAUUCUUAGGAUUUCUCCCCUUUGCGGUGCCACAAUGUUCAAUGCGUCUCCAAGUGCGCACGAGCGAUCUGCAGCGGCGCUCCGCAGACCGCCUGCCAGACAUCUGUGCUCCGGCUUUAUUCCUGGAGGCGCUCCGUUCCCGCAGAUCACCCCCAACAGGUGGGUAAGUCGAUUAGACGGGGGCAUCGGUGGAAACGGACCCCGGGGGGUCUGGACGCGACGCGGAACCGGGCGAAAUCCCCCGCGGAAACUUGCCCGUCGCUCGUUUUGGUCUCCGGGAUGCGUUGACGAGCUGAAUGCGGCGCGCGCCAGGCUGCGUUUUUUCCCCAAAUAAGACCGGAUGGAAGUCGUGAUCCGAGCACACCGAAUCUGGAUGUACAGUGGGAGUACUGUAAAGUCUCCAGAACCGAGGGAGCAGAAUGCAGACUAGACUAAAACCCGGCAGAAAGACGGACUGGGAUCGAACGAGCGCGGUCCUCGUGUAGAUUCACACCACUCACGCUUUCACGCUCGGCGGAUGCGCAAUUCAAGAAGUUGAUGGGAAUUAUUUUUACAGCGCUACACGUCUGGUCUGGUUGUGUUUUCAAGCUCCUGGGAUAUUUACUAGUGGAAGAAAAGUGAUCUCCCCGAGCGAAGUUCCGAUGUUCAGCAACUCAAAGCGUGGACUUCUGCAGUCGGGCUGCAGCUGGAGCAGCGUCAGCAGGGUGCUGGUGAGCUGAAGCCCGGGGAGAUGUCACAGCUGUACUACCGGCGGACUGACAGCUCCUCGUACCGGGACCGCAUCCCGCUGAGAAUUGUGCGGGCUGAGUCGGAGCUGUCGCCCCUGGAGAAGACCUACCUCGGAGCGGUGGAGAAGGGGGACUAUGCCAGUGUCAAACAGGCCCUGGAGGAGGCCGAGAUCUACUUUAAGAUCAACAUCAACUGCAUCGACCCGCUCGGCCGCACGGCGCUGCUGAUUGCCAUCGAGAACGAGAACCUGGAAAUCAUCGAGCUCCUGCUGAGCUUCAACGUCUACGUCGGCGACGCCCUGCUGCACGCGAUCCGCAAGGAAGUGGUGGGAGCCGUGGAGCUGCUGCUGAAUCACAAGAAGCCCAGCGGUGGCAUGCAGGUUCCUCCCAUCCUACUGGACAAGCAGUUCUCCGACUUCACCCCCGACAUCACUCCGAUCAUCCUGGCCGCGCACACCAACAACUAUGAGAUCAUCAAGCUGCUGGUGCAGAAGGGCGUCUCAAUGCCACAGCCGCACGAGGUGCGCUGCAACUGUGUGGAGUGCGUGUCCAGCUCCGACGUGGACAGCCUGCGGCACUCGCGCUCGCGCCUCAACAUCUACAGGGCGCUGUCGAGUCCGUCGCUGAUCGCGCUCUCCAGCGAGGACCCCUUCCUCACCGCGUUCCGGCUCAGCUGGGAGCUGCAGGAGCUCAGCAAGGUGGAGAACGAGUUCAAGUCCGAGUACGAGGAGCUGUCGCAGCAGUGUAAACAGUUUGCCAAGGACCUCCUGGACCAGACGCGGAGCUCCAGAGAGCUGGAGAUGAUCCUCAACUACAGAGACGACAUCAACCUGUUGGACGAGGACGGCAUCAACGACCUGGCGAGACUCAAACUCGCGAUCAAGUACCACCAAAAAGAGUUCGUGGCUCAGCCCAACUGCCAGCAGCUCCUGGCGUCCCGCUGGUACGACGAGUUCCCCGGCUGGAGGCGGCGGCACUGGGCGGGGAAGUUCGUCACCUGCGUCUUCAUCGGCCUCCUCUACCCUCUGUUCGCCGUGUGCUACCUCACGGCGCCGAAGAGCCGCUACGGCCUCUUCAUCCGCAAGCCCUUCAUCAAGUUCAUCUGCCACACUGCAUCAUACCUGACCUUUCUAUUCCUGCUGCUCCUCGCCUCCCAGCACAUCGUCACCACCGAGCAGGGCAGACAGGACAGGCAGGGCCCUGCGCCGACCACUGUGGAGUGGAUGAUCCUGCCCUGGGUGCUGGGAUUCAUCUGGGCAGAGAUCAAGCAGAUGUGGGACGGUGGUUUCCAAGACUACAUCCAUGACUGGUGGAACCUGAUGGACUUCGUCAUGAACUCCUUAUACCUGGCCACCAUCUCCCUCAAGAUCGUAGCCUAUACGAAGUACAGUGGCAAUAAACCCAGGAACCAGUGGGAGAUGUGGCACCCGACGCUCGUGGCCGAGGCCGUGUUUGCCAUAGCCAACAUCUUCAGCUCCUUGCGCCUGAUCUCGCUCUUCACGGCCAACUCUCAUCUGGGGCCGCUGCAGAUCUCUCUUGGAAGGAUGCUGCUGGACAUCCUGAAGUUCCUCUUCAUCUACUGCCUGGUCCUGUUGGCUUUUGCCAACGGGCUCAACCAGCUGUACUUUUACUACGAGACCAAGGCUGCGGACGAAAGGGGGAAGUGCAAGGGCAUCCGAUGUGUGGAGCAGAAUAACGCUUUCUCCACGUUGUUCGAGACCCUGCAGUCGCUCUUUUGGUCCAUCUUUGGCCUGAUCAGCCUGUACGUGACCAACGUGGAUGCGGACCACCAGUUCACCGAGUUCGUGGGCGCCACCAUGUUCGGCACCUACAACAUCAUCUCACUGGUGGUGCUGCUCAACAUGCUCAUAGCCAUGAUGAACAACUCCUAUCAGCACAUCGCUGAUCAUGCAGACAUUGAGUGGAAGUUUGCCAGGACCAAGCUGUGGAUGAGUUACUUUGAAGAAGGGGCCACUCUGCCGGCGCCGUUCAACAUCGUCCCCAGCCCCAAGUCCUUCUGGUACCUGCUGUGUUGGAUUAAGAGGCAGGUGUGCAAGAGGACGAGUUCCAAGCGCCCGGAAAGCUUUGGCACGCUCGGGAGACGAGCAGCAGAGAACGUGAGGAUAAACCAUCAGUAUCAGGAGGUUUUGAGGAAUUUGGUGAAACGUUAUGUGGCCGCCAUGAUCAGAGACGCCAAGACGGAGGAAGGCCUGACUGAAGAUAACUUCAAGGAGCUGAAACAAGACAUCUCCAGCUUUCGCUACGAGGUGAUGGGCAUGAUGAAGACGGGGAAGUCUCUACAGGCAGCCAAAACCAGCAGCGGCUCGGUGGAGUCCAGCCUGGCGUACCCCAACUCCUCGCUCAAGGUUUCCCCCUGCCCCCAAAGCAGCCAGGUGAAGGGCAAACUCAACCGCUUCAAGAUCGCCGCCUCCAUCAUCAAGCAGUGCAGCUCCACAGCGUCGCCCAGACCCCCCGAGGCCCCCAACGGCCUCCCCAACGGGGUCUGGUCCCUGGUGUCCGACGAGCGCCCGGGCGAGAAGCCGAGCCGCAGGAGGAGCUUCCCCAAAGACAUCUCUGACUUCGGCUUGUUCCAAAAGCGCCACUGGAGCGGCAGCGAAGCCGCAUCGGACGCGGGGGAGGUUCCCAGGAAGAUGUACUCUCUGUCAGAGGUGGCCGGGGAGUCGGACGCAGAGGAGCAGGACGUAGGUCCUGCAGCUGGAGGCGAGGAGGGAAAAGCCGCAUCCAAGGAAGGAAGGACGGAGGAAGCUGCUGCCGAAGAGGCGGCCGGCGAGAAGCACGAGGUCCGAAACGGCGGCGCCGGCUCAGAGGACGGACGGAGGGAGGAGUCAGAGCCGGCGUGCGGCGACGCGGGGGCUGGAGAGGGGUCGUCAGAGUCACGCGGCGACGAGGCCUGAGACGAGACGACGGUAAAGACUCGGAGACCGACAAUCAGCGCGAGCGUCACGGCCCGAAUGUCCCUUCAGCAUCACGUGUGUUCCGUUUGUUUUGCAACGAGUCUUAACUUUUCCAUCCGUCACUGUCAUGCGAUCAGCUUUGAUCUGUGGAGACUCAGGGAGGCCUUUCAGUGUUUUAGUGUACAGCUAUAGGUACAGAAAUUAGACUUUAGGGUGAAGUCAUGUCACAUACAGUAAGUUCUUUCCUCGAGACGUUUGGAAAUAACUGUUUCCCAGAACUGAUGGCGUCUUCUCUGUUAAAGUCGUGUCUGUCAUUGACCUUCUUUUUCAAUUCUUCUCCGCGUCGGCGUCUCUCUACCUCUUCUUCCUCCCUGCACCACUUCUGCCCUCCUCAUCCUCAUCUUCAUUCUCAUCCUCGUCCUCAUCCUCAUCGUCAUCUUCAUCCUCAUCUUCAUCCUCGUCCUCAUUCUCGUCUCGCUGGAGCAAUAGCUGUGUUUCGUACUAGACUCGAUUCUCUGCCUUAUGCUGUUCGUCUCAGCACUUUACACUUUAUACUGGCGUCGCAGCGUAUCUCAAAGACGUGUCGAGCCCCGAUCAUGCAAGAACGACUCUGUCAGUGUUUUUCUAUGCAAAAAAAAAACCUAACAAAAAACGUGGGGCUGCUGAUGCCUCUUAUCAGGCUGGAGAGGAUGGCGGCGCUUCGUGACCGGUGUUCUCCCAGCUGCCAGGCAGAGCGUGGCCAGCAGUCAGAGGAAGGAGAACAGGAUAUGUUCACUAUGAACUCUGCUUAUUAGCAUUUAAAGCAAGAUAUUAUUCACAGUUUAUCACUCCUACGGAAAAUAUACCAGUUUAAAUCAGAUCUGCUGUUUUUCCACUGGUACCUUUUAGAUGUCAUGGUAGUUUGAACGAAUGGUGUUUUAGAUAUGAAAACAUCAGAAAUCAUUAAAAUAUAAACCUAAAAAAACUGUUUUCUACUUGGUCUUUUUUUGUUUUGUUUUUUUUGUCGGGUGCAAAUUGCAGCCACUGUGUUGGAAAUCGAAUGGAAAACACGGUUCAGCGGUGACAGAAAGAGCGCCUUCAUUCUUUUGUACUCGCUUCAUUAUAAGGGCUCACGUUCAAAAGAUUGAACUCCAACAAUAUUGCUGCUUGCAAAAAAAACAUGUAACAACUAUAAAUGACACACGAGAUGUUUACAUGUUUAAAACAUCAUUUAUGAUGUCUGCAUCCUAGUGUUACAUGUUAGAUACAGUACAUCACACUUACCAGGCUCACUCGUGGAAGUUGAAAUAAUCAGGAAUCUGUGAUGACCUUGGCUUAACCACUUCUUAUUUCAAAGAUAGAGGUUGACUCCACUCCUGAGGCGAAAUUUUAAGUGAUGGUGCAGAGCUUUUAGUGUGGGCUCCCGUGAAGGAGGAUGAAGUACAGGCCAGAGGUAAUCAGACAUUUUUACAUUUCUACUUUAUUCUAAAGCAAAUUAAUGAGUCCACAUAAUAAAUUAUCCGCAGGCCCAAUAAAGGUUUGGUUAACUGUCAGACGAGAAAUUGCUUUUACUAAAGACCUUCAGCCCUUUUAGUUUAACAGACAGAUGCAUGAGCUUCGCAUGUAAAACAGUGUGAUGGGGCUGUAACAGUCUCUUACACUGAGACAGUGAGUGGUCAAAAAAAAGGUUGUUUCCUUCAUUUACCAGCCACAAUUCCAUGAUUAACAGCCAAAAUGUUCCUCCAUUAGAUUUUAUGCUUGUCACGAUGAGUGUAAAGUAGCAGUUUAUUUUGCAUUCAGCUUUUAUGAGCAUAUGUGCAACUGAUGGCAACACUUCUCUUUCCUCCUGUAGAGAUUAAAGCUGUGACAACCCUCCUCCUGCAGAACAGAUGAAGAAAUAUAAGUACAAACAUGCAAAGAUAUAGAAAAUCAGUUACCUUUUUAAUAACAUAUCCCGUUCAUGUCAUGGUGGUUAUGUUUUCUGUGAUAUUUUAUCUGUUCCUUCCCUCUGUUACGUCACUGUGGUCUCUAAUUUGAGCAUGCGACCGAGCAAGAGGGAGAUGAAAUAUUCAGCCGAUGAUGAAACUGUGAUCAAAAGGCUGCGCAGAGAGGCUUCUGGGGUCAGGAUCGAUCUGCCUGCUGCAGAUAAUGCAGAGAGAGUUACAGAUGUUGAAACGUGGUUGUAGAGGUUUGUGAUUUUUAAUAGGCAGUCCUGUCAAAAGCUAAAUAUUUCAUUAGAGACAGUAUAAAGGGUCAAAUCUCACUUGAGGCAUUUGUACAAGUUUGUAUUAAUUUAAAGUAUAUGGACUCUCUAUACAAAUAAAAACGAUUCUCCUAAAUGUGGUUGUACUGACACGUCCGCUCCACUAGGGGGCGAUGUUACUGCAUCAUCCAGUUUCUCUGCAUUCUUGGUCUCCCAAUCUUGUUUCGACGAGUAACCACCUGUAACCUGGCGCAAGCAGGUACAGAAAUAACUCUCAAAGCUUUGUUCGGGAUGCUGACAGAAGGUGGAGAUAUUACCUCUGCUGCCAGAGGGCGGAGGCUCAAUCGGGGACACCUCAAAUGCAUGAGAUCAUUGUGGAGGUUACCUGAGUUCAGAACCAGCUGGUCCAAACAUUUACUUGCUUCAAAUGGCUCAUUAUUCACUUUGUGCACACUGUAUUUUCAUGAUUUAUUACUCCGCUCCUCAAAGCACUGCAGUAAAUCUGCGGUGAUGUAAUGUGGACCCACCAGUUUAAACAGUGCUGCACACUGCUGGCAUAAACUAAAAGGUUAAUUUUUCAAUUCAGCAAAUCAGUUUCACCUAAAGAGAUCCUGACCCGUGUGUCUCCUGAAUGGAAGCAAGUCAGGACCGUACAUGACAGUCUGUCUCAUCCUGACUCAUUUUCCUUUUUAAGCUUUAUCAGAUCUGGCUUGAACCUGAGCGGCAUCUGUAGGGGAAGACUUGGAACCUGAGAAGUCUGAGCUGAGGGAUGAUGGAGAUUUGGAGUUUGGAGACGUUCGGGUUCAGGGGAUAAGAGAGGAUGGAGGACGUAAUGACACCGCGUCGUAAAAGUGAUGAACAGAGAGCGAUCUCCCAGAGGAGAGGUGAUAAGAUUCCAAUAAGGUUUCUGUCAAACAAAGUGUAAAUCUAUCAUCGCGGUGGCUCUUUUUGAUUUAUAGCACAUUAAGAAUGAAUCAGUCAUUUUAUUUGCAUAAUCUGCUGCCAUUUGUCACAAGGGCACAUAACAGAGGUGUCUGCUCCUCUGUGCCUGCACAUAAAUUACUAGGAUUUUUCUAACGUUUCUAUCUUACAGCUGUGAUGGAGCCCGCAACCGUGAACGCAUGGGAUGUUGUGUUUUUACAUGAAAAAAGAAAAGACGGGAGCAGAAGUUGUGACUGUGAGGUGUGGAGCCAUGUGAACGACGGGGGCCAGGGAGUCCCCGGUGCUCUGGGACGUGAUGGAGGCAGGGAAGUUAGAGGGUUUG